AUGGGAGUGAAAAUCGACGGUCGUCAGUUACACCAUCUUCGCUUUGCUGAUGACAUCGUCCUUAUAACACUAAAGAUUAGCGAAGCAAAACGUAUGCUUGUCGACUUUGAUAAAGCCUGUGGAAAGAGUGAUCUUCGACUAAAUCUUACAAAAACGAUGUUCAUGAGGAACGGAUUGGCUUCGCAUGCCCAAUUCACGCUCAACGGAACGAGUAUCUCCGAGUGCGCCAGUCAUGUCUUUCUAGGUCGAGAAGUCAACAUUUUGAACUGCUUACCUCCAGAGCUGAGCAGAAGGAAACGAGCGGCUUGA